AUGGUGACUAACAAUAAAACUGUUUCCACCAGGCCACAUGAUUGUUUUUUGAUUAAUCAGCACCCUCCAAAGUUUUCAGAUCCACUUGAAGACUUCUUUGAUUUUUCUGACAAUGUCCCUGCUCUGAAUCCACAAGCAGAGAGUGGUGACGUUAGGGUGGGCUCAUCAGUGGAGCUUCAUGAGAAAAGCGAGUGGCAAAGUUGGGCAGAUCAUCUUAUGUCUGUUGACAAUGGUUCAGAGCCGAACUGGUCUGAACUUCUUGGAGAUCCAAAACCACAGAUACCAACACCAUCUUUGGAUGUUCCAAGGAAAGAGAUGCUAGUAGCUAACCAGCAGCAUCAGGUGGUUUCCUUGGAGGAGCAGCUGAACUCAUCAGCUAGUGCAGCAAAAACUAAACAGCGGAUGCGUUGGACACCAGAACUUCAUGAGGCGUUUGUUGAAGCUGUUAACCAGCUUGGUGGUAGUGAACGUGCGUUUGUUCAUGCUAUUUCUCUGCAGAAAUACAGGACGGCAAGGUAUAGACCUGAGACUUUAGAAGCUACAGGUUAG